CAAGGCUCCAUAUACUCAGUAACGAAAUUCAGCGUAGCAGUAAGUAUAGCACCAUGCCUGCACCUGCUGACGCCACGAGACCCGCCGCCGACAUGGCCGAGCUCCUGCCCUCCCUCCCGCUGGAGACCCGGUGCCCGCCGCUGCCGCUCCGCCGCUACAACGGCUUCUGGCUGCCGGAGUCGGUCCUGACGGAGCUACCGGCGAUCCACGCCCGCCUGCGGCCCCGCCCCAGCGACGUCUUCCUCGCCAGCUUCCCCAAGUCCGGCACCACGUGGCUCAAGGCGCUCGCCUUCGCCACGGCGCACCGGGCCACGCACCCACCGUCCGACGCCGGCCACCCACUCCGCCGCAUGAACCCGCACGAGUGCGUCCAGUUCAUGGAGAUGGACCCGGAGCUCCGGCGCGACACCGGCAGCCUGCUGGAGGAGUUCGAGCAGCUCGCGUCCCCCCGCGUGCUCGCCACCCACCUGCCAUACUGCCUCCUCCCCGAGAGCAUCACCGCCGGCGAGGGAGCGGCGGCCAGACGGGUCGUGUAUGUCUGCCGGAACCCUAAGGACGCGUUCAUCUCGGGCUUGUUCUUCGUCAAGAAGGUCUCGUCGGCGUACGGCGCCGGUGCCAGUGCCGGCGCGCGGGCCAUUAACCUCGAGGAGGCCUUCGAGCUCUUCUGCGAGGGCCGCGUCUUCGCCGGGCCUCAGUGGAGGCACGUCCUCCAGUACUGGGAGGCGAGCAUGAGGAGGCCCAAGCAGGUUCUCUUCCUCGAGUACGAGAGGAUGCUGCGCGACCCCGAAGCUACCGUGAAGAAGCUUGCCGAGUUCAUGGGGUGCGGAUUUUCCAAGGAAGAAGAGGAGGGAGGGGUCGUGGACGAGAUCGUGAAGCUGUGCAGCUUGAAGGAGCUCAAGAACAUGGAGGUGAACAUGAGCGGGGGGAACCAAGCCGGCGUCAGGAAUGAAGCCUACUUCCGCAAGGGAUCGAGUGGUGACUGGAGGAACCACUUGACGCCCGAGAUGGCAAAGAAGCUGGACAAGAUAGUGGAGGAAGCGCUGCAGGGAUCUGGGUUUGCCUUCGUGGACGAUGCAAUUAUGUAGUUGCAUUGACAGGUUCAUUUCAUCAGCAUUCAGCAAGCAUGCAUCAUCAUCGUUAUCAGCUAGUACUGUCUGACAGUAAUAAGACAGUACUAGCUAGACUUGAAUCGAUAGCAUUAUUUGGUCUGAGUGAUAGGGAGGAAAU